AUGGAAGAAAAAAUAAAAUUUUAUUUUGAAAUAAUUGAUUUCCAAAAUCAAAAAUUUAAAAUUCAAGAAUUUACCUCAAAAUUAAUUGGUUUAAAAGAAGAAAGUUUUACAACAUUUAAACCAAUAGUAUAUGAAAAAUAUUUAAAUUGGACUCAAUCAAUUGAGGAAUCAAUUUUAAAAACAAAUGGUACAAUAAAUAAAUCAAUUUUUGAAGAAAUUUUUUCCUAUUGCGGUUACAUCGGAGAAUUCCUGGAAUAUGAGCCUUUUAUAGUAUUUUUAAAAUUUACAACAUUUGGUAUAAUUUUAGAUGAUUAUAUAUUUGAAAAAAUUAAUUCACUAAAUAUGAAAUUAAAUGAAAAAGAAAAACUUAUUAAUAGUUUAAUAUAUUAUAAUAAUAAAAAUGAAAAUAAAAUUGGUUUCGAAUUCUGGGAAAUAAUAAAUGAAUUUCAAAAUUUUACACAUAAAGAGUCAUUUCAGAGAAUAAUAAAUGCAAAUAGUUUAUGGAUAAAAUCAUCAAUUGAUUCAAGGAAUAUUUCAAAUUCCCCAAUAAAUUCAAGAUGUUCAUUUAAUGAAUAUUUUGAAAAAAGAUCAUCAGAUGCUUCGGGUGAUUUUAUUUUAACAAUUUCUAUGAUUGGAAUAAUGGAUAAUUAUAUUGAAAAUUCUAUAAUAGAAAGUAAAGAAUUUCAAACUAUAAAUUACCAUGCAAAGUCUUUUUUUUUAUUAAUAAAUGAUUUAUAUUCAUUUAAUAGAGAAAUUAAUGAAAAUGAUUUAUUAAACUAUAUAAAGAUAUUAGCAAUUCAAUUAAAUUCAAUACAAUUAUCAAUUGAUAAAACAAUUGAAUUAAUAAUUGAUCAUUAUUUGAAAUUUUUAUCGUCAAUUGAAACAAUCUUAAAAUUAUACCAAAAUGAUCAAUCAACAUAUCAAUUAUUAAAACAAGUUUUCCAAAAUUCAAAUAAAAUUUUAUCUGGUAUUUAUUUUGCACAUAAAAAAAGUAAAAGAUAUAAUUAA